AUGGCUCACUUAAUUCGACACAAGAUCGGCAACAAGCUGACCAAUGCGGCCAACACAGUGUCCAAUAAGUCGCAGGCCAAGGUCAGCGGAGUGUUCGCCAGGCUGGGCUUCCAGGCCGCUACGGAUGAAGAGGGUCUGGGGUUCGUGGACUGCGAUGACUUGGAUUAUGACUACAGGCAGGGGAUGCAGAUGGACAUCAUGCAGGGCGACGAGGAAGGGGGAGAGAUGGACGGAGGAGACGAGUUGAUGGAGGGGGACAGCCACUACCAGAGAGAUGGCACCGGCCCAUCAUCCUCCUCCCUCAAGAACACUGGGGCAUGUAACGAGUUGGCAUCAGAGGUCAAACCCAAAAUUACCUCUUGGGAAGCGGGGUGGAACGUCACCAAUGCCAUUCAGGUAGAAAUCAUUUUAAGAAAGACAUGAACAUAUUGUUACUGUGUCAAUGUAGGCCUAUUGUCAAUAAUCGCCUUGGAAUAUACGCCCAUUCAAAUCAUUUCAGAGCACAAUGCAUUACGCUAUAUAAUUCAGGGGACACCAAUUUCCAUUCUACAAAAAACUGAAAGACCAUUAAAAUGACUAUAAUUUUUGACAUGUAAAAAUAGACUUUCAUUUAUUUCUUCCAGAUAAAUGAAUUGGCCAAUUUUAUGGCUUCUUAUUUCAAAAUCCCUAACUUAAAACAAAUGUUUCCUAAAUAUAUAUAUUUUAAACAUAAAUAAUGGCAUUUGCCUUCAUUUCAUCAGACGAGGAUGUCAAUUAAAUACGAAGCAUUUGAGAUUUUAAAGGAAAAUAGGGAUCUAUUCUAGAUAGCCUAUUUCUUAUCAGUAAAAAACAGACCCAACUCCAUCUGGAAUGAAUAAAAUGGUUUGGAUUAGCCUCAGGCACAAUUAGGGCCACUUCAUUAUUCUUGAUAACAUUUUACAGUGGAUUAUAUAAACUAAAUCCAGUCUUGGUGAGAAAAUAUCUUAGUUUUUAAAUUUUAAAAUUAAUAUUAAUAUUGACAAAAAGAAGCAUAGUUUCAAAUCAAAUUCUGAGCCUGCACGCUAUAGUGGUCUGACAGACCUAUACUUUUCUCUCAACUCCAAUCGUUAAAUUAGGGUUUUCACACAUUUAUCCAUAUGAUUAUGCAAAUAAAUGUUGUUUGUUAUAAUUAUGCAACUUUUAAUGUGAUUCAUUUCUUGAAUAUGUGGGGCGGGGAGCCUGUCACUGAUUAGACCAUGACCAUUAAGACUCAACUGUGCUUGUGUAUCCGCAGGGGAUGUUCGUCCUUGGGUUACCCUACGCCAUUCUUCACGGAGGAUACCUCGGACUCUUUCUCAUCAUAUUUGCCGCUGUUGUAUGUUGUUACACCGGAAAGAUUCUUAUUGCGUGUCUGUAUGAAGAGAACGAGGAUGGAAUUCUGGUACGCGUGAGGGACUCCUACGUGGACAUCGCCAACGCGUGCUGCCAGCCACGGUUCCCGUCUCUGGGCGGGCAUAUCGUUAACGUUGCUCAGAUCAUUGAGUUGGUCAUGACCUGUAUCCUGUACGUGGUGGUCAGUGGCAACCUGAUGGUCAACAGCUUCCCCAAUCUGCCGGUCUCGCAGAAGGCCUGGUCUGUAGUCGCCACGGCCGCCCUCCUGCCUUGCGCGUUCCUCAAGAGCCUCAAGGCCGUGUCCAAGUUCAGCUUGCUCUGCACUAUCGCGCACUUCGUCAUCAACAUUCUGGUAAUAGCCUACUGCCUCUCCAGAGCCCGCGACUGGGCCUGGGACAAAGUCAAGUUCUAUAUUGAUGUCAAGAAGUUCCCAAUCUCCAUCGGCAUCAUCGUCUUCAGCUACACGUCCCAGAUCUUCCUGCCCUCGCUGGAGGGGAACAUGCAGAGGCCAAGCGAGUUCCACUGCAUGAUGGACUGGACCCACAUCGGAGCCUGCAUCCUGAAGGGCCUGUUCGCUCUGGUGGCCUACUUGACUUGGGCAGAUGCCACCAAAGAGGUCAUCACGGACAACCUGCCAUCCACCAUCAGAGCGGUGGUCAACCUGUUCCUUGUGGCUAAGGCCUUGCUGUCAUAUCCGCUGCCAUUCUUCGCUGCUGUAGAGGUCUUGGAGAAGUCUUUUUUCCAGGAUGGAGGGCGCGCUAUUUUCCCUGACUGUUAUGGGCCGGGAGGAAGGAUUAAGUCCUGGGGACUGGGCCUCCGGUGCCUCCUGGUGGUGUUCACGUUGAUAAUGGCCAUAUUUGUCCCUCACUUCGCACUCCUCAUGGGCCUCACCGGGAGUCUUACCGGCGCCGGGUUGUGCUUCCUUCUCCCGGCCCUCUUUCAUCUAAAGCUGAUGUGGAGGAAACUCUUAUGGCACCACGUGUUCUUCGACGUCGCCAUAUUCGUCAUAGGGGGCAUAUGCAGCAUUUCUGGAUUUAUUCACUCAGUAGAGGGGCUCAUCGAGGCAUUCAAAUAUGGAGUCGAAGAAUAA